AUGGAAAAAGUGGGACAGGUUCAGUUAGAUGAUUUGGGCUUGGUUAAAGACGUGAAAAAAUAUUCAAAUGAUAAAGGGCCUGGUGUUUCUGUCGAUCCGAAAGGAAAUCCGAAGAAGAGUUACCCUAAGACGAAUGGAGAAGGGGUUAGGGCUUUGUCUAAGGCUUCGGCUAAGCCUACUGCUCACAAAGGAAGCAAAGGCAGUGGAGAUGGGACUAUUCAGAUAGAACAACCAAAAGAACAAAAGGGAGUGGAAGCAAGUCAACAAUCCGGAAGUGUAGAAGGAAGAACAGACUUGGAAGAUGAGGAAGCAUUAAUUCUAAGUAAUGAAAGGGGAGGAGAUAUUGAUGAUGCAUGUUUCAAGGUGGAUGAAGUGCGAUUCGGAGAGGAUAUCUACUCUGAUCUUAGAGAGCCAGCUGAUGACCCUGAUGGUGAGGACUUGGAGAGCUAG